AGGGGUUUUGUAUCUGUCAAUCAGAUUUAGUGACCAAUGUCAUUCCACUGCUGGUGCAAGGCAAUAUCCUGAGACAGAUCCCAUCCCUGAUUGUUCCAAAUUUGUAGGAAGGCAUAAUGAUGUCUUAGAAAUUGUCAACAAGCUGGAUAACAUGAGGAGUCAACAUAUCCUCUCGGGCAUUUCAAUGGUAGGCUUUGGGGGCAUAGGCAAGACAACAUUAGCGAAGUCAAUUUGCAGUAUGGUAAAAGAACAAAAGUUGUAUGACCUGGUGGCUUGGGUUUGUGUGGCUGAGGAAUUUGAUGAAAAAAGAAUAUUAGGAGAUAUGUUAGAAUACCUUGAUAGUUCUGUUGGUCGAAUGAAUAAUAUAGGUGCACUUAUUCAGGAGCUUGGGCAGAAGUUAGAAAAUAGAAAAUUUCUUCUAGUUCUUGAUGACGUGUGGAAUGAAGAUAGAGGCAAGUGGGAUAGUUUCAAUUCUCGUUUGUUAAAAAUUUUAAAAACCAGUGGAAACUCCAUUCUUGUGACUACUCGUAGUGAUAAGGUAGCAUCCAUAAUGGAGGCACUUCCAAUGCAAAAACAUGAUAUGGUAAAGCUAUCAGAUCAUGAAUGCUGGUUGAUAAUUGAGGACAUAGUUCUCAGAUCAUCAACAGAAACUUCAAUACCUUUGGAUUUAGAAGGUAUUGGACAAGAAAUUGCCAAAAAAUGUGGGGGGUUGCCAUUAGUUGCAAGUGUAAUUGGAGGAACAUUGAGUCGUGAAAUGAAGACAGAUAAGUGGCAAGAGAUCUUACAUGAUAAAGCAUGGAUUUUGCAAGAUGAAAAUAAGAAGAUUUUAUCUAUAUUGAAAAUCAGUUUUGAUCGUUUGCCUUCAUCGUUGAAAAAGUGCUUCUCUUAUUGUUCAAUUUUUCCAAAGGAUGCUGUCAUUUUCAUAGAUGAUUUAAUUCAACUUUGGGUGGCUCAGGGGUUUGUUCACAAAUCUAAUGAAAGCCUUGUGGAAAUGGAGGAUAUUGGUAAUGAGUAUUUCAAGGAGUUGUUAUCUAAUUCUUUUUUCCAAGAUAUUGAAUGGGAUUUGUAUGGGAAUAUUGAAUCUUGCAAAAUGCAUGAUCUAGUGCAUGAUCUUGCAUUGCUUGUUUCAAAAGGUAAGACCUUGGUUUGGGACACUAGUUGCAAUUUUGAUGUUCAGAGUUGUAGUACCAUUCGACAUUUGAGAGUCAAGUCCAAGGGAGAGGAUCUUCUAACCAUUCCAAGAAGUGUUGCUCAAAGGCUGCAUUCUUUGUUUUCAGAUGUUGAUGUUUUUUGUAGCAUGAAAUCAGAUCUCAAAAGCUUGCGAUCCUUGAAAUUAAAGGGAGAUCGGGAAAAGUUGCCAGAUUCUCUUGGCAAAUUGAAACAUUUGAGGUACUUUGACAUCUCAGAAGCUUUUGUCAGUACAGUACCAAAAUCCUUCUCCAAGCUUUAUAAUUUGCAGACUUCAAAUUUUCUUAACCGUGGUCUUGAAAAGCUUCCCAAUGGCAUGGCAAAUCUCAUCAGCUUGAGGCAUAUCUAUUCUAGUUGUCCAAGUGAUAUAUCGAUCCUGCAGUUAACUUCCCUUCGAACAUUAUCACACUUUGUUGUGGGCACAAAAAAGGGAUGCCGGAUUGAAGACCUUGGAUGCUUAAGCCAACUUGGAGGAGAACUAGAGAUUCGGAAGCUUGAACAUGUCAGAUCCAAAUUGGAAGCUUCUAAAGCAAACCUGAAAGAAAAGGCAAAAUUGCAUCAAUUGAAAUUAUGCUGGAGUAGUGGGAAUGAAAGAGCAGUCGACCACAACAACAAUGAAGAGGUUCUAGAAAGCCUUCAACCUCAUUCAAAUUUGAAAAGCCUCACUAUCCAUGGUUACAAAGGAAAGAUGUUCCCAUCUUGGAUGGGGAAUGAUGUCAAUAGUUCUGGUUCUUCAUUCCUUCUUGACAACAUGGUGGAGUUGCAGUUAACUAAUUGCAAUGAGUGCACGUGUAUUCCGAGUUUGGGACUAUUGCCUUUUCUCAAGGUCCUUUACAUUGGAGGAAUGGAAAAUGUUAGAAGAAUGGGCCACAAGCUUCAGCCUGGUGGAGCAGAAUCAAUCAAAUUGUUCCCAGCUUUGAAAACACUCACUGUAGAUUGCAUGCAAAGGCUAGAAGAAUGGGUUGAAGUUGUUGAGGAUGCAGCUGUAGGGAGCCAAGGUGUGAUCGUGUUUCCUUGCCUUGAGGAUGUGCAGAUUUCUGAUUGUCCUUUGUUGGAGACUUGGUUGAUGGGCGGAUUUUCAUUUCAUCAUAAGCUCUCUAAGCUGCGGAUAAAGCGGUGUCGGAAACUGAUGGCUAUCCCUAGUUUGGAUGGGCUCUCAACUCUUAAAAUUUUUGACCUCAUAGGCAAUUAUGGAUUAACAAGUCUACCAAUUGGGCUUGGAUCCUGCAUCUCUCUUCAGUUCUUGCGAAUUGAAAGCUGUAGAAAUCUGAUGGCUAUCCCUAGUUUAGAUGUGCUCUCAGAUGUGCUCUCAACUCUUACAAGGUUUGAGCUCAUCGACAAUAAUGGAUUAACAAGUCUACCAACUGGGCUUGGAUCCUGCAUCUCUCUUCAGUUCUUGCGAAUUGGAAGCUGCCAACAUCUGAUGGCUAUCCCUAGUUUAGAUGGGCUCUCAACUCUUACAAGGUUUGAGCUCAACGACAAUAAUGGACUAACAAGUCUUGGAUCCUGCAUCUGUCUUCGGUUCUUGCGAAAUGAAAGUUGCCGAAAUCUGAACUCCAUUCCAAGUAUGAAUGGGUUGACACCUCUUGAAUACCUCUGCCUUUCUCGUUGGCAUGGAUUAACGUGUCUUCCAAUUGGGCUGGACUCUUGCAUUUCACUUAAGAAGUUGAGAAUUGAAUAUUGCCCUAAUUUAAUUUCCAUUUCUGACGAUAUCAAGAAAUUGCGUUCUCUUAGUAUUAUUGUAAUAGCAGAUUGCGAAAAUCUAAGGAGCCUUCCAGAGGGGUGGCUAGAUAGCCUCACCAGCUUGAAGAAGUUAUGCCUUGGUCCUUUUUGGUCGGAGUUGGAGGAAUUCCCAGGGUUGACCUCCAUUCAUCAAUUCCACCCCUCGCUUGAAGUAUUGAUCUUGUACGGAUGGGAUAAACUAAAGUCUCUGCCACAUCAGCUUCGACAUCUGACUGCCCUCAAGGAAUUAAGGUUGAGGAAUUUCAAUGGCCUGGAAGCUUUGCCAGAGUGGUUGGGAGACUUCUCUUCUCUUCAUCGGCUGGAGAUUGGGAAUUGCUCUAAUUUGACUCAUCUGCCUUCUAUUGAAGCCAUGCGAGGCCUCUCCAACUUACAAUGUCUUCAAAUUUUGCAUUGUCCGAAAUUGGAGAAAAGAUGCGCCAAACAGAGGGGCCCCGAAUGGUCUAAGGUCUCCCACAUUCUCCAAAUCGGAGACAAGUACAUAUCUUCCAGUGGUAUGUAUAAAUUUAUGGUUCUAAAUAUUUAUGCGCAUCUGCUCAGGCCUCAGGGUUCCUCUAAAGCUAGGUUACCGUGCCAAAUGCCUGAUCUGUUGUGCAAACUGAACUGUUAUUUCUUCAGUGGCUCUCUCUUGUUAGAACCUACACCAGAGUUUCUCUAGGUUUGUCUUGUUACUUUGAAGUCAUAUGUGCCUUUAAUCAAUUUAUAAAUUUGAUCAGUUUAAUUUCAUAUUGAAUCAUAACUUUAAGCAAAGAAUUUAUUCCAUUUCAGGUUAGAGAUUAUGGUGUUUUUGCGACUUGCUACUUUGCAAACUGUUAAUGAUGAAAUCUGGAGUCUGGACUCCUUAUGACUUUGUGAACUUCAACAUUUUGAGAACAUGCUUUUCCCAUUGACAAGAGCACUGCGGCUUCACUAGCAUAAACCAUGGCUGCAGUCCUUUCAAUUUUUCUUGAAACGUACAGAUCCUGGUGCCAUAGAUUAUGUGUACACACAUUUUGCAGUAGUGAGGAAAGCAUUGAAUUUUACUUGGAAUUAACCAACAGAUCAACUCUUCCACCAAUUCUUAGGCUUUUGUGGUUUUAUGGUAGAUUAUCUCAUUCAAUUGCCAACAAACAUAUUUUAUACCUUGUUUGAAUAAAUUCUCUGUACAACUUUGAGUUUGAUGAUGUAAUAAUGGACAUGCAAUCAUCAACUGGAGUGAAGAGAAGAAAUUGACAAUGAGAUCCCUGUGCAAGUGAUUGCUCGUAAACCGGUCUCAAUAGCUUCAAUGUGGUUAUGAUAGAAUUAUAACUUUGUAUGUUUUCCCCUUUAAAAGGCAUUCCAAUAUUUUCAUCUUGCUUUGUCGAUGUAAUUGAUGGAAAUGAGUAAAAAGGCCAACCAUCAGCAUCUAGGAAUCAAUGAUAUUGAACAGAUUGAGAUGCUUUGUUUCAGGGAUUUAUCAAACAAUGGCUUAAUCAGUGAAGUGCAAAGCUUCUGUCUCAGCUAGUCUUAUUGAAGAAAAUGUAAGUGCCAAG